AUGGAUGAAUUCGCGCAAUCAAGAGGAGAUGAUGAUCUUUUCGCCGACGAGUUCGAACCUGCAUCUGAGCCUACAGUUAUAGAAGAGGCACCAAUUCAAUCUGUUUCCAAACUCUCACCAACUGCAGAAACAUAUGUACAUAGCAAUGGCGCACAAUCCUUACCUACUGGACCUUCAAAUAACAACCAUCAUAACAACAACAAAAAUCAGAGGGAACGUGGCGCGGAUAGAAGACGAGGUGGAAGAGGUCGAGGUGGUGCGCCGAAUAAUGGUUUGAAAUCAUCGAGAUAUGCGACUCAAGAACCAGAGCCUGUCGCCAUUCAACCUCAAUCUGUCGAACAAGUUCCAGUUGCUGCGCCUUCGAACUCUCCUCCUCUACAAUCUCCUACUGAAGCGCAACCACAAACUCAACCAAAGCCCACACCUUCCGUUCGUGGUGAUCGUUCUUUAACUGGCGGUCCAUCGCACAAGAAGUUGACCGAAGAAGAAUUGACAGCGAAGCUCGAGCGAAUGAAGAUAAUAAAUGCAGAAAAGGCAGAAUCUUUCAGAAAGAGUGAGAAAGAUAGGGAAGGCUAUGCUGCAAAGGAGAAAGAAGAGAAGCGCAAGAGAAAAGAGGAAAUUGAAAGGGGUAAAGUAAUGGAAGGCGAGAGAAUGAAAAAUAGAGAGAGAAAGUUAAAGGCUAUGGGUGGUAGGGAAUGGGAUGAGGGCAAGGAUGAAAAGGAGUUCGAGGAUAAUAAGGGAAGGAGCUCACAAUAUGUUAGGGGUGGUCAUGGUGGAGUAAUUGGAGGGAGAGGUGGUUUGGCUAGUAGUAGGUUUAACGAUACCCCAGAAGAUGAUAUGUCUGCGUACAUUUAUGAUGAGAAUAGAGGACGGGGAAAUGGGCGUGGAAGAGGAAGAGGUAGGGGUAAUGGUAGAGGGGGAAGAGGUGGUUCAGCACAGCAAAUUCAAACUGUACCCGCGCCGGAGGAUUUCCCAUCAUUACCACCAACCUCAGCAUCCAAAAAUGCGACAUCAGGUGUCAUUUCUCCACUGGUCGGAGCUGGCGAUUGGGCUGAUGAGAUGGCCACCCCUAUUGAACAAGAGAAGAAACUCGAAGUUUAG